UGUCCUCGCAGUUACAGGAUACGUCCUAGAUUCUUGCGGGAUGUGUCUAAAAGGGAUAUAAGCACGACAGUGUUGGGUCAUAGAGUUUCAAUGCCUCUGGGAGUCGCACCCACCGCGAUGCAACGUAUGGCACAUCCCGAAGGAGAAUGCGCUAAUGCAAGAGCUGCUCAGACUGCGGGAACAAUCUUCAUUCUUUCGACGAUAUCUACGAGCAGUAUAGAGGAAGUGGCGGAAGCCGCACCGGAGGGUAUAAAGUGGUUCCAGCUCUAUGUUUAUACCGACAGAAAUGUCACUUUAAAUUUGAUAAAACGUGCCGAACGUGCUGGUUUCAAGGCACUUGUUCUCACCAUCGAUGCACCGUUUUUCGGCGAUCGACGCGCCGAUUUGAGAAAUAAUUUCUCGUUACCCAAUCACUUGAGGUUUGCAAAUUUUCAGGGUGAUUUAUCGCACCGAAUAAAUUCCGCGAAGACUGGGUCUGGCCUUAAUGAAUAUGUUACUGCACUAUUUGAUACAUCUCUCACCUGGGAUGAUGUAAAGUGGCUUAAAAGAACUACAACACUACCGAUAAUUCUUAAAGGAAUAUUGACAGUGGAGGAUGCAUGUUUAGCCGUGGAAAAUGGGGCUGAUGGAAUUAUAGUUUCAAAUCAUGGUGCACGUCAAAUAGACAGUGUUCCAGCAACGAUCGAAGUUUUGCCUGAAAUAAGCAAAGCUGUAGGAGAUAAAAUAGAAGUCUAUAUGGAUGGCGGGGUGAGGCAAGGUAUCGACGUAUUCAAAGCGUUGGCAUUGGGUGCAAAAAUGGUAUUCUUUGGUAGACCAAUGCUAUGGGGCUUAACACACAGUGGUGAAAAAGGUGCUAGUGAGAUUCUUGAACUCAUGAGAAGAGAAAUUGAUUUAGCAUUUGCAUUAACUGGUUGUGCAUCUAUGAAAGAUAUUACACGAGAUAUGGUGAUUCAUGCAUCUUACUACAGUCAUUUAUAAAAAUAAAUUAAUUUCAUAUUAAUCAUGUAUGUGUUGGUACAUUAAUAAAAAUCUUUUGUCUUAUUAAAGCUUUUAUGUUACUAAAGAAUCUAUCAUACAUUAAGAUUGUACUAUACAGGAUUAAUAAUCACUUAUCUAUUUACAUAUUUUUAUUGGGGAAUUAUACAUACACUUACAUGCCGUGUUUUCUUCUAAUUUUCUAUUUAGUUUUUAAUAUUAUGCUCAUCAUUUAGAUGAAAGAUUUCUAUAAUUUUAUUUUGUAAUAUUAUGUUACAAGAACCAUAUUUGUACUGAAUUUGCAUGAAUAAAUCAUUACUUGAUCAAA